AAGGCGUAACCACGCAACCCGAUCGCAGUGCAUUGUGGGGAGCUUUGCGUAAACUCAACAUGGCGGCGGCCUGUACCAGAUCGUUGGUUAAGGUCGGUUGGACCGUUCUGGAGAGUCCCGCGCUCCGCCGACCCGGUACGGGCGUCCACCUGGCGGGGAACGCCGGCUCCCGUGCGUCCCGAAGGUUCUACUAUGGCGGGGGCGGCGGUGGAACAGGAGCCCGCUCCGGGCUGCUGUGGUCUCUGCGCGGUAGAGGAAACGGAGCGCUGGGCUGCGCAUUCCUCCUCGGCGGCGGUGUGGGGCUUUAUCAUACCUUCAAGUUCUAUUGGGCCCAGCAGCGACAGCUGGCCCAGGAGCAAGCCCAGGCGACCCCCGCAGGAUCUCCGUCCCUGACGCUGUACCAGUACCAAACGUGUCCGUUCUGCAGCAAAGUGCGAGCCUUCCUGGACUACCACGGGCUGGCCUAUCGCGUGGUGGAGGUGAACCCGGUCAUGCGGCGGGAGAUCAAGUGGUCGGCCUACCGCAAGGUUCCCAUCCUCAUGGUGGACGAGCACCUGCAGCUGAACGACUCUUCCGUCAUCAUCAGUUCACUCAAGACCUACUUAGUCAGCAAGGGUUCCAGCAUGACGGACAUUUUGCGCUGUUACCCCGAGAUGAAGUCGGUCAACGAUAGCGGCAAGGAGGUGACGGAGUACAACAACAAGUAUUGGCUGAUGCUCAGCCAGGAGGAGACGGCCGCCGUCUACCCCGAGAAAGGCAUGCAGAAGGAGGAGAUGAAGUGGCGUCAGUGGGCCGACGAUUGGCUGGUGCACCUGAUCUCGCCCAACGUGUACCGCAGCACCGGCGAGGCCCUGGCCUCCUUCGACUACAUCGUGCGCGAGGGCAAGUUCGGCACCCUGGAGGGAGUCUUUGCCAAGUACAUCGGCGCCGUCGCCAUGUUCGUCAUCGCCAAGCGCCUAAAGAGCCGACACAACCUUCAAGACGACGUGCGUCAGGACCUGUACAAGGCCGUUAACGACUGGGUGGCGGCCGUGGGCAAGCAGAGGAAGUUCAUGGGUGGGCAAGGCCCCAACCUCGCCGACCUGGCCGUGUUUGGCGUCCUGCGUGUGAUGGAAGGCCUGGAGGCCUUUGACGACAUGAUGGCCAACACCAAAGUGAAGCCGUGGUACCGCCGCAUGGAGGCGGCCACCCGCAACCACGAUGGGCGCUCGCAGUCGUCACGGUAACCGCGUUCUUCACCAAAAGACACCAAAACUGCUUUGCGGAGGGCAUUGGGACUUCUUUUUGUGCGCAAUAUUGCCAUCACGGGCGACACACGGUGGAUUGUUACGGUUGAUGUGUUCCUUAACGAGUCCCAAUCAAAGGAGAAGAAAAAGUGUGAAUUAACUUAUUCAUGUGUUGAGCUUCCCGGGAUGCGGGAUGAUGCCACUGCCAGAGGAAGGCGCCCUGGCGUUGGCGUUUGUCCGAAUGUAAAGACAAAUAACAAUGCGGUCAAAUGUGCUUGUAAAAAGCUUCAAUAAAAAAAAAAAAAAAAAAAGACUGGCG